AUGCAUAAUGCAGUGCGCAAACUUGUGAACGGCUACACACCGCGAACGCAAACGCUUUGGCCCAAUGCAUUGGCCCAAUACGUUGGCCCAAUGCAUUGGCCCAAUACGUUGGCCCAAUGUGUACUGGGACCAUUCGGUGUGCUGGCACCGUGGCGGCGGCGGUGCACUGCUGCGACCGUUAACGCCAGUUGGAAAGCGCCGUGUAGCUUUCGGGAAAAUUGGCCGAAAUCGGGUUUUGGGAUUCGCGUGCUCGGCGCCCCUCCGCGCGGUGCCGUC